AUGGAUUCAUUCACAGCAGGCGAUAUCACUCACAAGAAUGGCGAAGUCACCCACUACUACGAAGGAGGGUCGAAAGACGGUAUACCCCUCAUCUUCAUCCAUGGCUGGCCGGAUAUCGCGGAGUCGUGGAAGCACCAGCUCACACACUUCGCUUCUGGGGGAAAGUACCGUGUGAUCGCGCCCGACAUGCGCGGCUACGGCGACUCUACUGCUCCUCGCAAGAAGGAAUCCUACGCCCUUGAGGUCCUCAUCCCAGAGCUCGUCGAGUUCGCCGAGCAACUUGGCAUCAAGAAGGCAGUAUGGAUCGGUCAUGACUGGGGAUGCCUCAUCAACGCGCUCUCCGCUCACUACCCCGAGCUCUUCAUCGCUCAGGCAAACCUCUGUGUACCCUACCGGAGCUUAGAGCUCGGCUUGGACUACAUCAAGACCACGAUCAACCGCGACAUCUACCCUGAGAGCGAGACCGAGUGGGGUCAAUGGGAGUACAUGAGAUACUACGAGUUGCACCCCGAAGAGAGUGUCAAGGCCUUUGAUGGCCACCUGGAUGUCAUCACUAAGAUCUUGUACGUAAAGGGUGACCCUAGCAAAUGGGGACAGCCAUCACCCACGAGCCGGGUCUUGAGAGAUGGCGGUUGGUUUGGUGGACACCCGGAGCAGCUUCCCGACAUCCCGCUCGAAUAUACAUCGCUCGAUGAGUCUCUCUACUCAAGCCUGCUCAGGAGCAAGAAGAAGCAUGGCUUUUUUGGUGCGAAUGCAUACUACUUGAACCACAAAGCGAAUGCCGAGUAUGCCAAGAGCGAGAAGAAUGGUGGUGUGUUGGAGUUUCCAUUUCUCUUCAUUGACGCGAAGUUGGACUCUGUGUGCUCGCCUAGCACGGCACCAAAGAUGGCUGAGAUACAGAAGCAGUAUGUGAAGAAUUUGACGUACAAGACGAUUGAGGCGGCGCAUUGGGUGCAUUUGGAGAAGCCGAAGGAAGUCAACGAGACAUUGGAGAACUGGCUGGCUACUCUGUAG